AAGCUAUCGAGGCAUUAUGCCACGUUCAACACCUAGACGAGAAAUAGGAAACUCGGACAUGUCCGACUUGCUAACUGGUUGAACGCAGCACGUGUAUAACUACAACUCGUUAGCAAGUCUGAAGUGUCCGACUAGCACUUGGACGUGGCAUUAGGACCUCGGUAUCCUGUAGUUCUGUGUCGUAGUCAAGGACUGGUCGUAGAAGUGACAAGCUAACCAUAUGAUGCUAGGCUAGCUAGCAGAUGACAGCCUUGCCGUUUGGUAUUGGUGAGAGGCUGUAGUCAGUGUGUGUAGCUAAAAGCCAGCUAGCCACAGACAGACAAGGAACAACGCUAGCAAGUCUGAUCAUUGUAUUUUUUGCAAAAGGACAUAACCAACGUUAUCUAGGUCGCUGUCUUGCUAACGUCAGCACGCUCGGGUAGUCAACAAGCAAGUAAAAAGUAGCGUAGCUAGUCACCGAGGUGAACAGACCACGGCAUUAAAGAUGAAUGGCAUAAUGAAGAACGAGGGAAUAGCGGGCACGGAGAGGUUCGCUAGCCCGGGGAAAGGCAGGGGACUACGAGCUGUGAAGCACUUUGCUGUCGGAGACCUCGUGUUUGCCUGUCCUGCCUAUUCCUACGUCCUGACGGUCAAUGAAAGAGGAGCACACUGUGAAUACUGCUUCACCAGGAGGGAAGGCCUCUCCAAAUGUGGAAAGUGUAAACAAGCUUACUACUGUGAGAUCGACUGCCAGAAGGGAGACUGGCCCAUGCACAAGUUGGAGUGUACAGCCAUGUGUUCCUAUGGGGAGAACUGGUGUCCGUCAGAGACCGUCAGAUUGGUGGCCAGGAUCAUCAUGAAACAGAAAGUCACAACGGAACGGACGCAGUCAGAGAGGCUGUUACUCCUCAGCGAGUUUGAAGCCCACCUGGAUAAGUUGGACAGUGAGAAGAAUGAGAUGAACCAGACAGAUAUAGCAGCACUGCAUCAUUUCUACUCUAAACACAUAGACUUCCCUGAUGACCAAACCCUCACUGUGCUCUUUGGACAGGUAAACUGUAAUGGCUUCACCAUAGAGGAUGAGGAGCUGUCUCACCUGGGCUCUGCUGUGUUCCCUGAUGUAGCAUUGAUGAACCAUAGUUGUAGUCCUAACGUCAUCGUCACCUAUAAGGGGACAGAGGCUGAGGUACGAGCCGUGCAGGACAUCCAGCCUGGAGACGAGAUUUUCAACAGUUACAUUGACCUGCUCUACCCGACGGACGACAGGAACGAGAGACUGAGGGAUUCUUACUUCUUUACCUGCGUGUGUAAUGAGUGUGCCACACGGUCUAAGGAUGGAGGUAAGAUGGCUCUUCGGAAGUCGAGCUCUCCCCCACAGCCAGAGGAGGUCAGAAAGAUGGUGCACUACGCCAGGAAUGUUAUCGAAGAGUUCCGUAGAGCAAAGCACUACAAGACCCCUAGUGACCUGCUGGAGAUCUGCGAGUUGAGCCAGGAGAAGAUGAGCUCUAUAUUUGCCGACACUAACGUGUACAUCCUUCACAUGAUGUACCAGGCCAUGGGAGUCUGUCUGUACAUGCAGGACUGGGACGGAGCCAUGAGCUACGGAGAGAAGAUCAUUCAACCAUACAGUGUCCACUACCCAGCCUAUUCUCUGAACGUGGCCUCCAUGUACCUGAAACUGGGCCGCCUCUACCUGGGACUGGAGAGGAAGACCCAGGGAGUCAAGGCAUUAAAGAAGGCGAUCGCCAUCAUGGAAGUGGCUCAUGGGAAGGAUCACCACUACGUAACAGAGGUCAAACAAGAGGUGGUGGAGCUGAAGUAAGGAGGAGGUGAAGAAGAAGGAGUGAGGAGGAGGAGAGGAAGAAGAAGGAGUGAGGAGAAGGAGGAGACGGAGUGAGGAGGAGAGGAAGAAGAAGUGAGGAGGAGAAGAAGAAGAAGAAGGAGUAAGGAGGAGUGAGGAGGGCGAGAGGGCUUCUCCAAACCCUGGGUCAAAAAAAAUAAAUCUACAAAACUUAACAGCUGCACGGCAUGCAUCCUAUACCUCUCUUUUUAUGUGUAUCUCUCUCCCUCUCUGUCUCCCUCUCUGUCUCCCUCUCCCUCUCUGUCUCCCUAUCUGUCUCCGUCUCCCUCUCCCUCUCCCUCUCCCUCUCCGUCUCCCUCUCCCUCUCUGUCUCCCUCUCUGUCUCCCUCUCCCUCUCCCUCUCCCUCUCCCUCUCCCUCUCCGUCUCCGUCUCCGUCUCCCUCUCCGUCUCCCUCUCUGUCUCCCUCUCCGUCUCCCUCUCCCUCUCCCUCUCCCUCUCCGUCUCCCUCUCCCUCUCUGUCUCCCUCUCCCUCUCCCUCUCCCUCUCCCUCUCCCUCUCCGUCUCCCUCUCCCUCUCCCUCUCCGUCUCCGUCUCCGUCUCCCUCUCCGUCUCCCUCUCUGUCUCCCUCUCUGUCUCCCUCUCUGUCUCCCUCUCUGUCUCCCUCUCUGUCUCCCUCUCUGUCUCCCUCUCUGUCUCCCUCUCUGUCUCCCUCUCCGUCUCCCUCUCCGUCUCCCUCUCCGUCUCCCUCUCCCUCUCCCUCUCCCUCUCCGUCUCCGUCUCCGUCUCCGUCUCCGUCUCCCUCUCUGUCUCCCUCUCCGUCUCCCUCUCCCUCUCCCUCUCCGUCUCCGUCUCCGUCUCCCUCUCUGUCUCCCUCUCUGUCUCCCUCUCUGUCUCCCUCUCUGUCUCCCUCUCUGUCUCCCUCUCUGUCUCCCUCUCUGUCUCCCUCUCUGUCUCCCUCUCUGUCUCCCUCUCUGUCUCCCUCUCUGUCUCCCUCUCUGUCUCCCUCUCUGUCUCCCUCUCUGUCUCCCUCUCUGUCUCCCUCUCUGUCUCCCUCUCCGUCUCCCUCUCUGUCUCCCUCUCCAUCUCUGGUGAUGUCAAAUCAGUUAUUUUGUGUGUCAUACAGGCAGGCAGUUAACCAGUCAGUGAAAGAGACAAUGUGACCUCAGUAUUUCUGUUCAUCGGUUGUCCUAGACAGUACGUGAUGAGGGUGAUUUUAUGUACUGGGUAGCAGUAUUGCUGUAAAUGACAGUUGCAGUUUUUAGUUUUGUUAUUGGCCUGGACUAGCCUCGUAUCUGCCUAAAACUGUUAUGAAAAGACUCAUGAAUUUACAAAUUUAUGUUUUGUAUUAACCGAUGACGUGUUUCUCUCCUCUCAUACAAGGUAGCAAAGUGAGAGAACGAUACCAAAAAAUAAAUCAUAAUUGUUAAGAGUAUGUCCGAAUUUAAAUCAUUUGCGUUUGUCUUACAACACAAACCUUGUUGAACAACUUUUGUCCUUUUGCCUGUUUAAUAAAAUCAGAAGUGGUGCAUGUUUUCUCUCA